AAAUUCAGACGGCCCACUGACCGGAAAUUCGUUGGACGAGUGGUGUAAAAUAAUGUGUAAUCGAUUUUUCUUAUUUUCAGGUUUGGUUUUCAAGCAACGGAAAUAAAAAUAUACAUUUUAUUAUUGAUAAUGAAGUUAUCUACGCCCAGAUACACAUUUUGUUUAUUUUUUCAGCUUAUAUUCAUGCUUUGUGAUCUAUUAUUUAAUUGUGUUAGCUUAUUUCCCCGGAGUCGUGAUGGGCUUCUUGUAUUAUUCAUAUUUCAAGAUUUAUUCCUCGUGUUAUCCAUUACAACAAUGCUGAUGACAUUCUUCUCAACAUAUUUAUUUCAAGCCGGGCUGGUGGAGGUGCUGGCGCGCAAGUUCCGCGCGGCGGGCGCCGUGUGCGCGGCCUACGUGCUCGCCAGCGUGGCGCUGCACGCCGCCUGGCUGCUGGACAAGUGGGCCGAGCCGGAGUCGGUCUCCACACCGCUGCUGAUCUGCCUGUUCACUCUGCAGCGCUGCCUGUCUCCGUGGUACUAUUUCUUCUACAAGAGAGCAGCACUACGAGUCAGCGACCCCCGCUUCUAUGAAGACAUAGAUUGGAUCAACCAGCAACUACAGGCUCAUUAAAUUAAUUCUCUAUCAAACAAACCUAUUUAUAUGGACUGAUAUAAGAACGAUGGACUGUAUAAUGAUUUAAACAUUCAUAGUUGUCUUCUUGAUGUCAUAAAUUUAAUUUUAUUUAGUUGAUCAGUAGGUAUCUUAUACUUUAUAUAUGUCACCGUAAGAUUACAAACAUCGUUAGAUUACAAUCUAUCUCGAGAGAUUGUAAACUGUCGAAUUAUUGUAAACCGUAACACCUGAUUGCAAUUUAACGCAUUAUUUUUCGCUAUAUUAUAAUCUAUCGAUGAGAAAUUGUCAAAUUGUCAACUGUCCGAAAGCUCUCCCUGAUUGGUCAGUCUUUUUGUAAGAUCGAGAGCGAUGUAGAGCGGUCAAAUUGUCAACUGGCGUAGAACGGAAUGCAUCUUGCGCGCUGAUUGGUAGAACGUCAAAAAAGACAAUGUUCUUUGCAACUCCCGGUGUCACAGCUCUUUGACGUGCAAAAAUAAGUGACGGUUUAAUUUUU